GGGGGCGUGGCUCCGGCGGAGGCCCCGGCGGCCCAGGCGCGGAGGGGGAGACGGUCCCAAGAUGGCGGCGCUGCAGGCGGAGCGCGGGUACGGGCUGUCCUGCGGCCGGCUGGGCCGCGGCACCCGCAUCUCCGUGUUCCACGUCAAGCUGACGGAGAGCGCCCUGCGAGCCUUCGAGAGCUACCAGGCGUGUAAGGAUACUGUGACUUCAAAACCCGUCAUCCAGUUUCAAGGAAGCCAAGGGCACAUCGCCAUUCCCAGGCCGGACCGCCCGACCGAAGUGCGGACUUUCACGUUCUAUCUUUCCAACAUUGGCAAGGACAGCCCCCAAGGCAGCUUUGAUUGUAUCCAGCAGUACGUAUCCAGCAAUGGCAACAUCCACCUGGAUUGCCUGGGGAGCAUACAGGAUAAGAUCACCGUGUGUGCCACGGACGACUCGUACCAGAAGGCACGGCAGAGCAUGGCGCAGGCGGAGGAGGAGACACGCAGCCGGAGUGCCAUUGUCAUCAAGCCUGGGGGCAGAUAUGUAGGCAAAAAGGUUCAGGUACGUAAACCUGCACCAGGAGCUUCCGAUGCUGUUCCCUCCAGGAAGCGCCCAACGCCAGUCAACCUUGCCAGUGCAAUAAAGAGAGGCAAUAGCGCCAUUUCUCAGAGACCCUUCAAAGAUAGGGUUGUGCACUUACUGGCACUAAAGCCUUAUAAGAAACCUGAACUUAUUCUCAGAUUGCAGAAGGAUGGACUUUCUCAGCAGGACAAGGAUUUGCUGGACAACCUCCUGCAGCAGGUGGCAAAUCUGAGUGCCAAGGACAGCACUUUCACACUGAAAGACUGUGUCUACAAAGAGGUGCAAAAGGACUGGCCUGGCUAUUCCGAAGGAGACCAGCAGCUGCUGAAGAGGAUUCUUGUCCGGAAACUCUGUCAGCCCCAGAACAGCAGUGGGUUUCAAGGAGAAGCACCUUCCCUGAGUCCUCCGAAGGACACCACCAGCUCUGGCUCUCCUCCACAGAAACGCUCCCAACCGCUGGAGUUCAUCGAUCCUUUGGCCAACAAGAAGCCCCGGAUCUCACAUCUGGCUCAUCGCACUCAACCCACCUUCAACGGGAAGCUGAACACCAACGGGAAGGACGUCCCCAUCCCCGUCCCCUCUGCUGCGCUGCCACCGGCGCUGCCGGAGUCGGUGAGCUCCAGCUCCAGCCUCCCGGAGCUGCCCCGGCCCCACGACCCUCUGGCUGAUGUCAGCAACGACCUGAGCCACAACGGCAGAGACUGCGAGGGCACGGAGCCGGCCGACAGGCUGAGCCUCCCCGCGCCCACAGACUGUGCACAGACGAGCAAACACAAUUGCAGCUCAUACGUAAAAAGCAAGAAAAAAUCCAAAAAGCACAAAGACAAAGAGAAAGAGAGGAAGGAGAAGAAAAGCGAAGAGAAAUGCAAAGAGGAGAAGCAGGACUGUGAAGUAAUAAAAAAUGCUGAAUUAGUUAGUGUUCCGCAGGAUGCGCCAGGUUUAAAUGGGACAUGCAAUAACUCCAGUGUACCAACAUCAACUUCGGACAUGCCUGAUUAUUUAUUAAAAUACGCAGCCAUUUCCUCCUCGGAGCAGCGUCAGAGUUACAAGAACGACUUCAACGCAGAAUACAACGAGUACAGAGACCUGCACGCCCGGAUAGAGAGGAUAACACGGCGAUUCACACAGCUGGACUCCAAGCUGAAGCAGCUGUUGCAGGGCUCUGAGGAAUACAAGACCAUCCACGAUCAAAUUUUACAGGAAUAUCGGAAGAUUAAAAAGACCAACCCCAACUACAGCCAAGAGAAGAACCGCUGCGAAUACCUCCACAACAAACUGGCCCACAUCAAAAAACUGAUAGCAGAGUACGACCAGCAGCAGUUCUGAGCGGUGGGACGCGCAGCGCGGGGGGGACCCGGGGCUGUGAUGGGCACCAACAUCCCUUUGUACAACUCGGUCCCGUUCAGAGAUGAGCAUCAAUUCUUCAUGGCUGAAGAAGUUGGGGAUUGCUGAUGGGGGCCAACAGCCCGCUCUGCUUAUUGGCCUCUCUGAACGCCCGAAUGCAACCAAUGAAACCCUGCUUUUAUUUCAAGACACUUAAGGGAAAUAAAUUUACCUAAAGCCACCGAAGUUCCCAAAGGUUAAAAAAUCAGUAGUUUUCAUGGAUUAAAGUUUGGCAUGAAGUAGAAUCACCCCCCUGGCCCCACAGUGCUGGGUUACAACAGCCCUUGUGACACUGAGGAGCUGGAAUGGCUGCUUGGGUCCCUUGUGGCACCUGCGACUGUUCCUAUGUGAGCUGUGGGCAGCUGGAGCUGCCCCUGCUCUGUGCUCCCAUUGCAGUGGCUGAGUGGGGAUGGAUGGGGCUCUGUGUCCCCCCACAGCCAUGGCACUGCAUCCCAGUGCGUCUCAACGCCCGCCUUUGACUUUUGUAGUUUUAUACCGAGGGCGGCCCAUUUUCUGCCUCGCUGAGGAGACCGAGCUCUAUUUUUGUAUUGAAAACAAACAAUGAUUAAAAAAAAAGAAGAA